AUGUCACCAUCUUUCGACGCCUUUUUCCACGUAUAUCCGAUUCACAGAUUCACGGCCUAUGUACACUUAGUCCUAUUCAAAAAUGCCGUUCCUUCCUCGUUUCGUACUUCGAGACAAAACUUCGACAUGUCUGAUUACUUGUUGCAAGGUAACUUUUGGCGAGGCCUAUUCGGUGGCGAUAGUGGUAGUCCAAACAAACUGAACAGUGAACGGAGAGCUUUUUCGAAUGUAUGCAGCCUUCACAGUUGUGCCCAGGGACAGUAUCAGGAUGAGAUAGUAAGUGGGGUCCGUGCGCUCAUGUGCGUCACUAGGGCGUGGACAUGUGUAAGGUGUCCUCAGCUGCGAUAA